CGGCUGCGAGGCCAGGAGGCGGGCGGGCAGACUCCUGGCACAUCUGCGCCCCGCGACCCCUGCGCCCGCGGGCACCAUGAGCGGCCGAGUCGGGGACUUGAACCCCCAGCAGCAGGAGGCGCUGGCCAGGUUCUGGGACAACCUCCAGGACCUGCUGCCUGCCCUGCCCAAUGCUGAUGAGUACUUCCUCCUGCGCUGCCUCCGAGCUCAGAAAUUUGACCUGCAGAAAUCUGAGGACAUGCUCCGGAAGCAACAGGACCUGGACAACAUCCUCUCGUGGCAACCCUCAGAGGUGAUCCGGCUGUACGACUCCGGUGGUCUGAGCGGCUAUGACUAUGAAGACUGCCCUGUGUGGUUCGACAUCAUUGGGACCCUUGAACCCAAGGGUCUUCUCCUGUCACCCUCCAAGCAGGAGCUGAUCCGGAAGCGCAUCAGGGUCUGUGAGCUGCUUUUGCGGGAGUGUGAGCUGCAGAGUCAGAAGCUGGGCAGGAAGAUUGAGACGGUGUUGAUGGUGUUUGAUGUGGAGGUGCUCAGCCUGAAACACCCGUGGAAGCCAGCUGUCGAAGUCUACCAGCCGUUUUUUGCCAUCCUGGAAGCAAAUUAUCCUGAGAUGCUGAAGAAUUUGUCAUUCGAGGUGGCCCAGGCCCCUGGCCAUGACUAUACCUCUAAGUCCUCUCUAAGCCAGCUUCCCAAAGGAGUUUCAUGUGUUUCAGCCCCCAAGCUGUUCCCCGUGGCCUUUAACUUGGUCAAGUUGUUCAUGAGUGAGGAAACACAAAGGAAGAUAGUGAUUCUCAGAGGCAACUGGAAGCAGGAGCUGCCCAAGUUCAUCAGCCCUGACCAGCUGCCCAUGGAGUUUGGGGGGACCAUGACUGACCCCGAUGGCAACCCCAAGUGCCUGACCAAGAUCAAAUACAGGGGCAAUGUGCCCAAGAGCUACUACCUGCGCAACCAGGUGAGGAUGAAUUAUGAGCACACGGUGACUGUGGCCCGAGGCUCCUUCAUGCAGGUGGAAAACGAAAUCCUGUUCCUGGGCUGUGUGCUCCGGUGGCAGUUCGCAUCAGAAGGGGCAGACAUCGGCUUCGGGGUUUUCCUGAAGACCACCAAGAUGAGCGAGAGGCAGCGAGCAGGGGAGAUGGUGGAGGUGCUGCCCAUCCAGCGCUACAAAGCCCAUGUGGUCCCUGAGGACCGGAGCCUCACCUGCCUCAAGGCCGGCGUCUAUGUCCUGCGCUUCGACAACACCUAUAACCUGAUGCACACCAAGAAGGUCAGCUACACUGUGGAGGUGCUGCUCCCAGACAAGGCCUCCGAGGAGAAGAUUCAAGGUUUCAAGGCGAGGAGACCAUCCCCAGUGCAGUGAAGACCCUGGCUGCCUCUGUGCCUGGGCUCCUCAAGCCCUUAGCAGUCCCCUCCCUAUCCCCUGCCCUCCCAGGUGGGGUGGUGUUUGGAGGAGCCAACCACCCUGUAUCACCAUCUCAGCUCCUUGUGGGGCCCACCAGGCACAGGGGCAGAGCAGAAGGGGGACAUCCAGUGCAUGGCCACACUGAGGAUUCAGACAGACACCUGAUCCCCUGAUUGCAGAGACUGACGAUGAGCCAGGGUCCACCAAAGAAGUGUCCCGCCCACAGAAGCUUCUGUCACUCCUGACAAAGUUCACCAGUCUCAGGACUCACCCACACCUAGCGAUCUGGUCUGGGGAUGUGUGCAUGAGCCCCAGGCCAUGCAGGGAGCAUAGCGUCAAGUCUGAAGAGCAGAGAAGGUCCCAUCUCUGCACGUGGGGGCUCAGCAGGGGUGGACAGGGCCAGCUGGAAGUGGCCGGGUGGAAGGAUGGGGCCAGUUAGGUGGUAGAACUGAGGGUCUUGGUUCUGGGAGGGCACCAGGGCCCUUUGGACCUGCCCUCCUGCCUUUGGAGGGAAGAUCAGAAACGGAACAUGAGGCCCAGCAGGGAUAACCAUCAGGAGGAAAAGCCACGCUCGUCACACAGAGCUACAUGGGUGAAGACCGAGUCUCUCGGAAUUCUCAGUGACCCCAGCCUCCCCCUCCCCAUCUGCCGUGAUCCAGCUGACAUUCAGCUUGGGUUCUUUCUGGCUCUGAGUAAGGACCAGGACUGUAGCAGAGCUGGAGUGAAGUGGAACAUGCUGGAAUAAAGUAGAACAAGUUGGGGUGGAGCUGUCAUCCUAGCGUGCUUAUCCUAAACUCUGAUUUUCUUCUUGGAGAACCAUCGAGCUUUUUCUCCAUCUUUGUGUCUCGCUAGAGGGACUGCUAAGGGUUGGCUGCCAACUCCCCACCACCCCACCCCAAAUGCGACUCAGUAACUGGCCGGUAAUGGCUUCUGUUUCCCAAAGACUGGCUCUCCUGGUGCCCACAGCCCACAGUCAGGACCACCGUCUGCUCUGCUAGAUGAGCUGCCCCCAACAGAGCAGACCUGGCCUGCAAUGAGCCAGUGCAGCUGCUCAGUGGUCAGAGGUCCCUGUCCUUGGUGCAAAGCAUUAGCAUCCUGGCCGCCAAGACCUUUACCAGAGGCAGGAAGCCUCAGCAAACACUAACAUCCAGGUGCUUUGUAAAGAAGAAGCCGGCUCAGGCCCCUUUCUUGCUCUCAGAUUCUGUGAUUUCAUUUUUUUCCAGUUAAUAGCUUUCCUGGUUUCCCAUAGCCCGUUUUUCCCCAGGCAAGAAAACAGUGAGGCUUGGGAAGAUGGGGGUCUUCAGGUAAGCUAUGUGAGGUCCUCGGGGCCUCUGGCCCUCCACCUGUGGCAGGCUGCAUCGCCCAUGGUCCAGCACACAGUCUGAACAGGGGCUCUGCUGCUACAGAAAGCAAACUAAUGGGAGGAAACACGACUUGAAAGCCAGUGCAUGGAGGCAUGGCUGGUCCAACAGUGUUUGAGGAGUUUGGCAAGAAAAAAAUGGCCCUGCCUGCACCAAGGAGACAGCCCGGGGCUGCCAGAUGAAAAUCACCGGACAUCCUUGUGUCCAAGGGCUGCUUCUGCCUCCCCGCUGCAAUGGGCUCUCCCACCACCCCACUGCACGCCGUGGCCGCCCUCCCCAGACCCAGAGGCACUUGGGCGUUCCAGAGCCAUCUUCCUGCUGCACAGGUUAGAGAGGGUGCGGCUGGCUGGGGUUGUAAGGGCCCCAGGUCAGGUUUCCCUGGGCCCACCUGUUGUCAUAACCGGGUUGGGGUGCGGGGGUUCACAAUGCCUCACUUCAGCCUUACAUCCCCAGCCUAAAAACAAGGCGUUCACGGAUUUGAACCCCGAUCCUUGCUUUUCCAACACCCACAGCCCAUUUCCCACAAUCAGCACAGCCUCCUCUGGCUUCCUUGCAAGUAGCAGAUUGUCCCCACCGUGUACAAGGGUUUAAUUUACACAAAUAUGGGCUGCCCAGGGAGUGGCAAGUAACGGAGGGCUCAGGGGUCACGGGUGCGGGCACCAGUGACCUUGAACCCCAGAGCCGGCAGAGUGUACUACAUGUGAAGCUGUGAGUACAGUGGUCACCUUCAGAAGUGAGGACAGGAUCUUUUGUCUGGCAAGGUGGACAGGGGACAUGUCCUCAACAACUCCGUCCCUGACUCAAAGCCAUCGCUUCUUUACCAAAAAGAUGGGGGGGGGGGCGCCUGGGUGGCUCAGUCGUUAAGCAUCUGCCUUCGGCUCAGGUCACGGUCCCAGGGUCCUGGGAUUGAGCCCCGCAUCGGGCUCCCUGCUCCUCGGGAAGCC